AUGAGCGGAGAUGAAGGAGCCUCCCAGGAAACAAUCAAGGCUUUGGCCGACGACCAAGGGCUCAAAUUUAUCAGAGACUUAGCAGAUCGGCACAUACUAAAGGCUCAGAAGGAUCAAUCUGGCCUCCGUCUUUGGAUAGACGAGAUUUGCCCUCUUUUCCAGCUCAUCACUCAUGAGCGAGUGGUGGAUUCUGCAGUGCUGGAACAGCAAGUGGCGAUGAUCUACAACUUCCUCAGUGGCGUCCAUGGACAACGGAUGGUCAGGGUUUUCAAUUUCAUCUUGACCCUAGUUCGGUCCUGGCCGGCUUCGACAAACGGCGUUUCUAAGAUGGCUGUUAUCGAGCUUUCUCUUGCGGUGUUGACCAAGAUGAUGGACUGUAACACUUUGCUCAUGAUCGACGAAAGCCUCUCGUCAAUCAUCCGCGGAUUCGAGAGCUGUAUCAACUCUGAUCUGGAGUCAUCUGAGGAGUUUUCUUGCGUGCAGGCAAAGAGAUACCUUGACUACGUAUGGCAACGACUCGAAGUUGGCCAAGAAAUAGACGCCAUGGAACCAAGCGUAGUUCCUGUGACUCGCGAAGCCUUCGUCUUACGUCGAGACCUUCCUGGAACCCUUUCUGCUGAGGGACCACGUCACGACAACGACAACAGGUCCAUCUCGAAGAUCAAAAUCCUUCCGACUUCCGAGGAAAUCAUGUCCCCGCGCCGCGAGUAUUUGCCUACCACGGACUCAUCACAGUGGCACGUCCCCGGCAUCCGCGGCCGAGUUGACCGAGAAUUUCGACUGCUCAGAGAGGACACUGUGGGCCAGCUCAGGGAUGCCGUGCAUGAUACAUUGGAGCGCAUUCGCAACGUCGAUGCACGAGUCGAUCGGAACCCCAAAAAUACCGUGCGAACCUUCUCGUACGAGUACCCUACGCCCGUCGAUAUUGGUUUCGACAGCUUCUCGGGCUUGCAGUUCACAAUUAGGUGCAAUCAGCCCGCUGCUUUGAAAGGGAUGGCGGCUAAAAGACGCCGAGAGUGGUGGAUGCAGAGCAAGAGACUCCAGUCGGGGGCACUGGUCUGCGUCCUAGAUGCGACAGGUUCCGUCCAGUUUUUUGUCGUCUCAGAUUCGACCAUGCGAACCGAAGAUGACGAUGUUGCAAAGAAAAAGGCCCAGCGUAAGCAGAACGACGACGGUGAAUCUGACCCAAAAGAGCUGCUCACACUAUCUGGAAACGAAGAACAUCUUUUCGUGACUCUGCAACUGGUUGACGCUGGAGCGUCAGAGCUCAGAAGGACUCUGAGAUGGUAUCGUAGCACGAAGUCAUCACCUCGCCGGUACAUUGUAGAGUUUCCCGGAGUGCUGCUUGCAUCCUUCCAGCAUACUCUCACAGCACUGAAAAGGAUUUCCGAACAGCCAAGGAUUCCGUUUCAUGAUCUGAUUGCGCCUUCAGGCGAUGCGGACCAGCAGACAGUCAUUGCAUCCCCGCUCUACACAAGAAAGGCCGGGUUCGAAUUCGACUUGAGGCUGUUGACCAACGACAAAACCAGUCUCAAGGUCGAUCCUCGUCAUCCGCCACAGCCCGAAGCGCUCGCGUCCCGAUCAUCUUUGGAUCUCACACAAUCAAGAGCGCUUCUUUGCGCUCUCACACAAGAGUUGUGCUUGAUCCAGGGUCCACCAGGAACAGGCAAGAGUUACACCGGAGAGAAAAUCAUAAAGGUUCUCCUGGAUCACAAGAAACAAACUAAAAUGGGGCCAAUCCUUUGUGUUUGUUACACCAACCAUGCUCUAGAUCAACUUCUUGAGCAUCUUCUCGACGAAGGGGUUGAUCGGAUUAUCCGAAUAGGGUCCCGAUCAAAGUCCGAGAGGCUUCAAAACCGCAAUCUGAGAGUGGUGGCCAAGACAGCCGAGCGCACGAGAACUGAAGGCAGAGAGAUCUACAUAGUCCAAGAUGAAAUGCGGGAUAUUGACCGCGACUUGACGAAGCUGAUAGGCGACCUGGCCGACCUCGAAUCAGUGGAAACUAUCAAGAGUCAUUUACGCCUAACAUCACCCAGACAUUAUCACCAGCUUUUUUCGUUCGAUGAAGAAGGAUGGACCACAGUUACUUACAAAGAAAACCAAACUAUACCGAUGUGGUUGCGGGGCGGAUCUCUGGAUAAGAAACAAUCCAGACAAGUGGUUGAACUGCAAAUGGUUAAUCUAUUUGAUAUGAGUCACCUUGAACGUCGGAAGAUUUACCAUCACUGGAUAGAAACUCUGAGGGACCCCAUCAUAGAAAAGAUGACUGAACUGCACCGCAAAUACACAACUGCGUCUGAACAGCGAGAUCGAAUCCGGGGAGACACCGACCUUAGAUGUCUUCAGCAGGCCGAUGUGGUUGGAGUCACAACUACCGGCCUGGCGAGACAGCUCGAGACACUUCGAAAACUCAGAAGUAAGGUGAUGGUCUGUGAGGAAGCGGGUGAAGUCCUCGAGGCUCAUAUCCUUACUGCGCUUCUCCCGUCGUUGGAGAGCGCAAUUCUCAUCGGCGACCACCUCCAACUUCGGCCGCAGAUACAAAAUUAUGAGUUGCAAAGCACGAAUCCCCGGGGCCAGCAAUACUCAUUGGACAUGUCGCUGUUUGAACGACUAGUCCAGCCUCUUCAUGACGGGGACGUACAAGUUCCAUUUAGCACCCUCGAAACCCAGAGAAGAAUGCACCCUUUCAUGUCAGAGCUGAUUCGAUCGACACUCUACCCGUCCUUGAUGGACUCAGAGUCAGUGCAGAAGUAUCCAAAAGUUGUUGGAAUGAAGCAGCGGUUGUUCUGGUUUCACCAUGAGCACCUCGAAGCCUCGGCUGCGAACAACGACCCGCUCAACACAUCAAGAUCAAACGACUUUGAAAUCGAGAUGACUACAGCCUUAGUCUCCCACCUCACUCGCCAGGGUGAAUACGCCCAAGGAGAAAUCGCGGUGAUUACGCCUUAUCUGGGCCAACUCCACAAACUCCGGCGUCGAAUGGAGUCGAUGUUUGAGAUAUGUGUCAAUGACCGAGAUCUUGAGGACCUUGAAAUGCUCGAGGAGGAAAUUUCCGGCAGCUCCGUACCGAAGAAACCCACCACAGCCCGAAAGACUACGUUGCUGAAAAGCGUGAGGGUCGCGACUGUGGACAACUUUCAAGGCGAAGAAGCCAAAAUCAUUGUGAUAUCCUUGGUCCGAAGCAAUCCGCAGAAUGUGUGUGGAUUUCUCAGCACUUCCAAUCGGAUCAAUGUGCUACUCUCCCGCGCCAAGCAUGGCAUGUACAUCAUUGGGGACUCGAACACUUGCCAGCGUGUCCCGAUGUGGGCUCAAGUCAUGAAUAUCUUGCAGGAUAAAGGCCAGUUCGGCACAAGUUUGGAACUUGUAUGCCCCCGGCAUCCCAACACCCCAAUUCUCGUGUCUGAAGCAGACCAUUUCGUCCUAUUCUCCCCAGAAAGUGGAUGCCAACUGCCAUGUGAGAAGAGGCUCGAGUGUGGCCACUCCUGUACGGGGAAGUGCCACUCCAACGUCAUCCAUAGCGCGGUCAACUGCCUGGAGCCGUGCCCCAGAUUAAAGACGGGAUGUGACCAUUCGUGUCCUCUUCGCUGUGGCGAUCUCUGCCAUCCAGAGUGCCACGUUCGAAUGAAGGACCUUCGCCUAGUCCUUGACUGCGGGCACAUCGUCACAACAGCCGAGUGUUGGCAGGCUCAAGACCCAUCGCUUAUCCGUUGUUCUGUGUCUGUGACUCGAUCUGUUCCAGGUUGUGGACACAAGGUCCAAGUGAAAUGCUGCGACGAUAUUACUGGUGCCAACUAUAAUGUAAUACUCGCGAAGGCGACCAGAUCACGAAAGCAAAUCACGGCAUCUGUAAGCAACCAUGCGGACGAGGCUACUCUACUUGCCAGCACAACUGUUCCAAAGCUUGUCACUCGGGCACGGCUUGUUCUCCGUGCGAUCAGCCCUGUGAAGUGCGGUGCAGCCAUUCAAAAUGCGCCAAAGCUUGCAACGAGCCGUGCGUGCCAUGUGCCGAGGACAAAUGCCAGUCCUGCUGCCCUCACUCUGAGUGCAGCAUGCCCUGUGCAGCUCCCUGUGAUUGGAUACCCUGCUCAAAGCGCUACAUGCGCCUCAGAUCAAAUCAAGCAAUUUUGCGUCGACUUUGUGGAGUUGAAGCUCUAUGAGGACAUCAACCUGGACGAGGAGCCAUGCAUCUUUCCUGACUGUGGACAUUUCUUGACCAUCUCCUCGAUGGAUGGGAUCAUGCAAAUGUCUGAUCACUAUGAACUGGACAUGGAUGGAUAUCCGGCCAAGCUCUGCGGGCCUUCUGCCCCUUUUACCAUGGAAGAGAAAAGUAUAUCUGUGUGCGCCACUUGUCGCGGUUCACUCAGAUCUAUAUCUAGAUAUGGACGCAUCGUACGCCGGUCAAUUCUGGACGAAACGACAAAGAGAUUCAUCACCUGGUCCAACUCGCAGUAUGAAAAACUCACUAAAUGCAUGCUCAUCGAGUUGGGGAAGUUGGAGAAUACGCCGAGCGCGGCGACGAAAAUAUCCACUGUCGCGGACUCGAAUAAGGUCCUUACGCCUCAAGGGUCCAGGUUGGGCAUACUUCAAGCCCUAGAGACAGCUCUAGGGAACGACAGAUAUAAACGGAUCAUCAAGCUUCGACAAAGGCUGAACGUGUACAAGAACAAGGUGGCCAAGGAGGAACAGCCCUUCCAUCGAGUCGCCACAUAUGUCCAAUCCGCGAAUCGCCGAAACAAAGAGACGAAGGAGUUUCAGUACGAUGACUCGGUAAUUCAGAAUAAGGGCAUGUUGCUUGCUGAAUCGUUGCUUCUUAAAACUGAAAUAACCGCAAUCUCCGACUUCAUCGGUCUUUGCAAAAGCGGUAAAGCCCAUCCUCCAAAGAUACGGGUUGACUUCGCAAGCUAUUUCAAAGCAUGCGACCAGCUUAUCGGGCUGGCAGAGAGUUUCAAAUAUCCAAAAGAACAACUUCAGGGUCAUAUUUUUUAUGCGUGGAUAUGCGAGUUUGCGAGGUGGUUUUCCGCAAAUGGCGAUAAGGAGGGGCUGGAAGUCGAAUUCAAGGAGAGAGGACUGGACCAUAUUGGGCUGGCUCGCAAAAUUCUAGAAAGUCAUCCGUCUACAGCUCCGUUGUUGCAGGAGGUUGAAUCGGCCGAGUCCGCACUCAUAGGGCAUGAAUAUCGUCAAGUCACCAGUGAUGAGCUCAGAGAAGUUUAUGUUGCCUUGAGUGGUGAGCUGAGAGGGACAGGUCACUGGUAUGUCUGCGAAAACGGACAUCCAUUCACAAUCGGAGAGUGCGGGAUGCCAAUGGAGCAAGCCAGAUGCCCAGAAUGUAACGCCCCGAUUGGUGGCCAAAACCAUCAAGCUGUGGAUGGAGUGAGGCAUGCUACUGAGAUUGAGAAUCUCACCAGGGGUGUGGGAAACCUUUGA